UAUGGGCAGGAGGCGGUGCUAGCCUCAUGUCUGUGAGUGGCGGGCAGAGUGACAGAGCGUGUAUAUUAAAGGCAGCCUCGGCUCACUGACCGUGCAGCGGGUUGGGAGUGUGGCAGAGGCGACAGCUUGGGAAAGAGCUUGCACACAAACACACACAGAGACACAGACACACACACACGGGCAGCAGCAGCAGCAGCCGAGAGGCGCUGGGAUCUAACGGGAGCCUGACUGGUCUGCGGAUCGCGUUACUGCAGGAGUUGUUGUCUCGGCGCUGACUCUUUGGACUGGCCGCUGUUAUCAAGACGGGGUUUGUGCCUUUGGGAUUAGACCGGGAAAUCAGCGAGUGUUUGCAGGAGUGAUGGCAGCUUCAUGCAGUGUCCGCGCCGCACUCUUCAUAUUGCUGCUUGGCCAGGCUUGGGGCAGCGGUACAUUCGAGCUGAGGAUUCUCCAGUUCGUGAACGGCGAGAGCUCGCUGGCGUCCGGCGGCCACUGUGUGCCCGACUGCCGCACUUUCUUCCGCGUGUGCCUGAAGCAUUUCCAAGUGCUGGUGUCUCCGGGGCCGUGUACCUACGGCACACUCCUCUCCCCGCUCAUGGGCAGCGGCUCCUUCAGAGUGGCGACCACACACAGUCCGCUCAGGCUCAACUUCACCUUCAAGUGGCCGGGAACUUUCUCCCUCAUCAUCGAAGCUUGGAAUUCUCCCCCCAGCCAGCUGAUCCCCAAUGUAACCAGCCCUGAGAUGCUGAUCAGCCGUUUUGCUAUCCAGAGACGCCAGUCUGUGGGAAGCUCCUGGUCGCGGGACGACCAGCGGAGGCAGCUCACCCAGCUACACUACUCGUACAGGGUCGUCUGUAGCCACCACUACUACGGCGAGGGCUGCUCCCGCUACUGCCGACCGAGGAACGACACCUUCGGCCACUUCACCUGCGGGGCGCUGGGACAGAGGAUCUGCAUGGAUGGAUGGGCGAACGAGUACUGCACAAGGCCAAUCUGCCGAUCCGGGUGCAGCGCACGGCACGGAUACUGCCAUCGUCCGGGUGAGUGCAAGUGCCACUUUGGAUGGCAGGGGGAGUCCUGCAAUGACUGCAUGCGCCACCCGGGCUGUCUCCACGGGACCUGCGAGCAGCCCUUCCAGUGCACCUGCCGGGAAGGCUGGGGUGGCCUCUUCUGUAACCAAGACCUCAACUACUGCACCCACAACAAGCCCUGCCUGAACAGCGCCACCUGCACCAACACGGGCCAAGGCAGCUACACCUGCACCUGCCCACUCGGCUUCACCGGAGUCAACUGCCAGACGCCCGUGUCCAAGUGCCACAGCAGCCCCUGCAGAAACGGAGGGACCUGCACGGAAUCGGAGGAGGGUUACCGCUGUUCCUGUGGACCUGCCUUCAAUGGGAAGCACUGUGAGAAUAGUGUCCUGACCUGUGCCGAUCUGCCCUGCUUUAACGGUGGCACUUGCUACCAGAGAUCACGCGGGGUGGCCUACAUAUGCCACUGUGCCCCAGGCUUUGCUGGGAUCAACUGUGAGCAGAGGGUGGAUGAUUGCACCAGGAGCCCCUGUGCAAAUGGAGGCCGCUGUGAGCCGCUGGGCCUGAGCUGGAGCUGCCGCUGCCGCCCGGGCUUCGUGGGCCGCAGCUGCGAGGUGGAGUUGGGUGGCUGUGGGUCGACCCCCUGCCUGCACGGCGGCCGCUGCCUCCCGGGGACGGGUCGGGGUGGUGCCGCCUGCAGCUGCCCGCCCGGCUUCGUGGGCCGCUGGUGUGAGGAGGUGGAGCCGCAGCCGGGGCCCAGCCCGUCGCAGUCGCAGUCCGGGCCUCCGGGCCCCGCCGCCUGGCAGCUGGUGUCACUGGGCUGCGGCCUGGCCGCCCUGGCCCUGAUGAUCCUCGGCCUAACUCUGGCCUUGCGCCGCCUCUGGGCCCGGCCCCGCUCCCGCCAACCGCGGCCUCGGCCCCGGCCCCCCGGCGCCAUGAACAACCGCGCCCCGCCCAGGGACAACCUGGUGGCCGCGUCGCAGCUCAAGCUGGCCGGCCUGGGCCUGGGCCUGGACGUUGACCGCCGCCCGCUCUGCAAACUCACCAACUGCGCCGCUGACCGGGGCCCCAACAGCCUCCCAUCGCCCGGGAGAAAGUGGCAUAAAAACCAGCCGUGCCUGGCCGAUGAGAGCUGGCCCCUCACCCAGCCCAGUGAAAAACUGGAGUGCACGAUAUCCACUAUAGCCUGUUCCUGUGAACUGAAGAACCAGACCGCGUCUCAGGUCAGAGAGAGCUGGCAAAACAAUGUCACCACUCAGGUGUGAGACGGUCAAGGAUGAGCAGCCCUCUGCCCGGGUUCAUGGCCGGAGCCUCUGCAACGCUCCUGCUUAUCUGUA